GCGCAGGGCUGAAUGGGGGCAGCUUGAGUUAAUGAGGGGUGGUGGGGGCACUCGGAGCUGCCAUUUGGGGUAGCUGGCACUAUGCGGCUUCUAGGACUGGUUGGGCUCACCCGGCACCCAGGGCAGCACUCAGGACCAACGGGGGGCACCCAGGAAUAAUUUAAGGGGCACUGAAGGCCGUUGGGUGGGCAUCUAAAUUUAAGUGAGUGGGUUCCUAGGGCUAAUUAGGGGCUCCUAGGGCUAGUUAGGGGCACCCAGCGCUUAAUGGGGGCACCCAGCACUCACCUGGGGGAACCUAAGGCCAAUGUGUGUCACUCAGAGCUAAGUGGGGAGUCACCCAUGGUUAAUUGGGGUCACCCAGGACAAAGUGGGGUCACCCAGCACCAACUGAGGACACUCAGCUCUCCCAAGGCUAUUGGGGGGCAGCCCUAACUGAGGGGCUCACCUAAGGCUAAUUCGGGGCACCCGGCACUACUUAGGAGCACCCAGUGCUAAGUGAGGGGGUGGCCAAUGCUAAAGGGGGGGACGCCUAGCGCUAACUGGGGGGAAUAAUAGGAUUCACUGGGACUCCCCAGCCAUACGGGGGGGUGGGUGGUAACAAGGGCCAACCGGGGGCAGCCAGCACUAACCGGGAGACACGCAAAGCUAUUGGGGGCUCACCUAAUCCUAAGUGGGGGACCCCUAGGACCGGCUGGGGUCACCCAUCGCUAACUGGGAACGCUCCUCACCCCCCUUCAUCUCCUCUCUCCCCGCCCCGCUCCACCCUCCCGGCGCUCCCGGUACCGGCGGCGCUGGCCGGGGGGGGCCGCUGUGCUGCAUUGCGGGGCGGCACCGCGUCCCCGCCCGCCUCCGCCCGGCCCUGGGGGGGAGCGGGGCUAUCGGGGCGGGCAGCGCCGGGCCCCGGGCAGGAAUGUCCCUGCGCGCUCCGAUAAUGGUAUUUAUAGCGCGGCGCCCGGCGGCUCCGCUCCCCCCGCCCCGCUCCGCGCCCGCACCCGCCGCCCUUCGCCCUCCCGCAACCGCCGCCGCCCCGCGCAGCCGCCGGCCGCACAGCCGCGGGACACCGGGACCAUGACCUCCGAGAAUGACUAUGACCAUCUGGAGCUGCAGCAGUCCUACAGCCACUGGGAUGCCUCCGACGAUGAGUUGGACAACGACAACAGUUCAGCACGACUCUUUGAGCGCUCCCGCAUCAAAGCGCUGGCAGAUGAGCGGGAGGCAGUGCAGAAGAAGACCUUUACCAAGUGGGUGAACCUGCACUUGGCUUGCGUCACCUGCCGCAUCUCCGACCUCUACCUGGACCUCCGGGACGGGCGGAUGCUCAUCAAACUGCUGGAGGUGCUGUCCAAAGAGAUGCUGCCCAAGCCCACCAAGGGCCGGAUGCGCAUCCACUGCCUGGAGAACGUGGACAAGGCACUGCAGUUCCUGAAGGAGAAGCAGGUGCACCUGGAAAACAUGGGCUCCCAUGACAUUGUGGAUGGCAACCACCGGCUCAUCCUCGGCCUCAUCUGGACCAUCAUCCUCCGCUUCCAGGUGCAAGAUGUCAUCAAGGAGAUGAAGGAGGGUCCAGAGACACGCUCACCCAGGGACGCGCUGCUGCUCUGGUGCCAAAUGAAGACAGCAGGCUACCCCCACGUGAAUGUCACCAACUUCACCUCCAGCUGGAAGGACGGACUGGCCUUCAACGCCCUCAUCCACAAGCACAGGCCUGAGCUGUUUGACUUCAAAACUCUGACCAAGUCCAAUGCCCGGCACAAUCUGGAGCAUGCCUUCAGCGUGGCCGAGCGGCACCUGGGCAUCACUCCACUCCUCGACCCUGAAGAUGUGUUCACGGAGAACCCCGAUGAGAAGUCCAUCAUCACCUACGUGGUGGCCUUCUACCAUUACUUCUCCGAGAUGAAGAAACUGGAGGUGAAGGGCAGGAGGCUGGGCAAGGUCAUUGAGCAUGCCAAGGAGACCAAGCGGAUGAUCGAGGGCUAUGGGGGCUUGGCCUCCAACCUGCUCACCUGGAUCGAGCAGACCAUCGUCUCCCUCAACAGCCGCAGCUUUGCCAACUCGUUGGCCGGUGUGCAGCACCAGCUGCAGGCCUUCAGCACCUACCGCACGGUGGAGAAACCACCCAAGUUUCAGGAGAAGGGCAACCUGGAGGUGCUGCUCUUCACCAUCCAGUCUCGGAUGCGAGCCAACAACCAGCGUGUCUACACACCACAAGAGGGGCGUCUGGUCUGUGACAUCAACCGGGCAUGGGAGAAGCUGGAGAAAGCGGAGCACGAGCGGGAGUUGGCGCUGCGCAAUGAGCUCAUCCGGCAGGAGAAGCUGGAGCAGUUGGCACGGCGCUUUGACCGGAAAGCAGCCAUGCGGGAGGCCUGGCUGAGUGAGAACCAACGCCUGGUGGCACAGGAUAACUUUGGCCAAGACCUGACAGCAGUGGAGGCGGCCAAGAAGAAACACGAGGCCAUUGAGACAGACACAGCUGCCUACAAGGAACGGGUGCAGGCCAUUGAUGCAGUGGCGAAGGAGCUGGAGAGGGAAGGCUACCAUGACAUCAAACGCAUCAGGGGGCGCAAGGACAACAUCCUGAGGCUCUGGGAGCAGCUCCAGGAGCUGCUGCGCAACCGGCGGCAGCGCCUUGAGAUGAACCUCACCCUUCAGCACCUCUUUCAGGAGAUGCUGCACAGCAUCAACUGGAUGGAUGAGGUCAAGGUGCAGCUGGCCUCGUCUGAAUCUGGGAAGCACCUCCUUGAGGUGGAGGAGCUUCUGGAGACCCACCGGCUGCUGGAAGGUGACAUGGCCCUGCAGGCAGAAAAGGUGCGGGCCAUCAGUGCUGCUGCCCUCCGAUUUGCUGAUGCUGAGGGCUACCGCCCCUGCGACCCCAGAGUGAUCCGAGACCGCGUGAACCACCUGGAGAUGUGCCGGCAGGAGCUGCAGGCACUGGCGGCGAGGCGCAAAGCCCUGCUGGAGCAGUCCCGGGCUGUCUGGCAGUGUCUGCAGGAGCUGGACGAGGCAGAGAGCUGGAUCAAGGAGCAGGAGCAGAUCUACUCAGCGCUGGACUACGGCAAAGACCUGGCGGGUGUGCUGCUGCUGCGACGCCGUCACACUGCACUGGAGGCUGAGCUGGAGGCACAGGGAGCCCGACUGGAGAAGGCACUGGUGAUGGCUGAGCAGCUGGCAGCAGCAGGGCGUGAGGCUGGGCGGCUGCGGGACCGGGCAGCUGCCGUGCGGGUACUGUGGGACCAGCUGCAGGAGCUGGUGACCUUCCGCCGCCGUGGGCUGCGGGAGGCCGAGGGCUUCUUCCAGUUCCAGGCAGAGGCUGAAGAGCUGGCAGAGGUUCUGGCGGAGGCUCGGCAGCGAGCGGCCAGCGAGGAGCUGGGUCACGAUGAAGUCCACACGCAGGCACUGCUGCGGGAGCACCAGGAGCUGCUGGAGGAGCUGGCGGCUGCCCAGCAGCUCCUGGAGCGCUUGGGUCACCAAGCAGAGGGCUUCCCACCAGAGCUGCGGGCUGGCCCCGAGGCGCACAACCGCCUGGCAGCGUUGCAGGAGCUGCACCACGAGGUGAGCACGCUGGCCAAGACGCGUGGCCGAAGGCUGCAGGAUGCCCUCAACCUCUACACUGUUUUUGGAGAGAGUGAAGCCUGCCAGCUCUGGAUGGGUGCCAAGGAACGGUGGCUGGAUAAGCUGGAGGUGCCCAACACGCUGGAGGACCUGGAUGUGGUGAAGCACAGGCUGGAUGGGCUGGAGCAGAAAAUGGCUGGCGUGGCUUCUCAAAUCGACGCUGUCAACCACUCAGCUGAUGGGCUGCUGGAGAGCGGCCACCCGCACAGCCCACAGGUCCGGCAGUGCCAGCAGCAGCUCAAUGAGCGGUGGGACCAUUUUCGGGAGCUGGUGUCCCAGCGGCGUGCAGCAGUGGACUCAGCGUUCAACCUGCUCAGCUUCCAACUGGAGUGCGAGGAGACACGUGCCUGGCUGCUGAGCAAGACGCGGGUGGUGGAGUCAACGAGGGAGCUUGGCCGUGACCUGGCCGGCGUCCUGGCCACCCAGCGCAAGCUGUACGGCAUCGAACGUGAGCUGACAGCGGCCGAGAGCCGCCUGGAUGCCCUGCGUCCGCAAGCCGCCCUCCUGGCCCAGGAGCGCCCUGAGUUGGCCGAGGACACGGCAGGGCGGCUGGCAGGGGCGCAGGAUGCCAUGGACGGGCUGCAGGGUGCCCUGCGGGACCGAGCGGCUGCGCUGGGAGAAGUCGGGCAGCUGCAGAGUUUCCUGCAGGACCUGGAUGACUUCCAAGCGUGGCUCUUUAGGGCGCAGAAAGCUGUGGCAGCCACCGAAGAGGUACCGACUUCGGUGGGUGAGGCAGAAGAGCUGCUGCGGAAGCACGCGGCUGCCCAUGAGGAUGCCGAGGGGCAUGCAGCUGCCUUCACGGCGCUGCUGGAGGCAGGCAAGCGGGUGACAAGCAAUCAGGAGGACCCCGAGUAUGAGCAGCUGCGGGAGCGGCUGCGGGGUGUGGAGGCAGGCUGGGGAGCCCUGCACAAGAUGUGGGAUGCCCGGCAGCGCUUCCUUGCCCAGUGCUUGGGCUUCCAAGAGUUCCUGCGUGACGCCAAACAGGCUGAGAUUCUCCUUGCCAACCAGGAAUACACACUGGCCCACCUGGAGCUACCCCCCACGCUGGAGGGUUCCACAGCUGCCCUGCGCCGCUUUGAGGAUUUCCAUGCCUCCAUGGAGAGCAGCGCUGAAAAAAUCCCUAGUGUGGUGACCACUGGCUCCAAGCUCGUGUCAGAGGGGAACAUCUUCUCUGAGAAGAUCAGUGAGAAGAACCAGGCCCUGCAGGAGCGGCACCAGGUGAAUGUGGCCAAGGCACGGGAGGCAGCGGGCUUGCUGCAGGACAACCACAAGCUGCAGAGCUUCCUGCAGAGCUGCCGGGAGCUCGCUGCUUGGGUGGAUGAGAAGAUGCUAACAGUGCAGGAUGCAUCUUAUGGAGAUGCACGUGGUCUGCAUGGCAAGUGGCAGAAGCACCAAGCCUUUAUGGCAGAGCUGGCAGCCAAUGAGGCAUGGCUGGAGAAGAUCAAAGCGGAGGGCAUGGAGCUGGCGAGCUGCAAACCACAGUACGGUGCAGUGGUGGGCCGGAAGCUGGACGAGCUGCAGGCACUGUGGAACAGGCUACAUGACGCUGCCAAGGAGAAGGGCCAGCAGCUCUUCGAGGCCAACCGCACUGAGCUGUACGCCCAGAGCUACAGUGAUCUGGAGCGCUGGCUGGGGCAGGUAGAGAGCGAGCUGCACAACACGGAGCGUGCCAAGGACCUCACCGGGGCCAACUUACUGCUCAAGAGGCUGACGCGGCUGGAGGAGCAGGUGGCGGCACGACAGGAGGAGCUGACGGAGCUGAAAGCACCGCUUGCUGGGGUCGCACCAGAGCCUGAUGGGCAGGAGGAGAAGCUCCAGCAGCGAUUCCUUGACCUGCUGAAGCCACUGGGGAAGAAGAGGAAGGAGCUGGAAACCUCCAAGGCGAUGUACCAGCUGGGGAGGGACCUAGAGGACGAGAUGUUAUGGGUGCAGGAGAGGAUGCUAUGGGCCAGGUCAACUGAGCACGGCACCAACCUCCAGAGCCUGCAGCGUUUGGCCAAGAGGAAUGAGACCCUUCAGAAGGAGCUGCAGGGCCAUGCCCCCCGCCUGGCCGAGGUGCUGGAACGUGGUGAGGCGGCAGCUGAAGGACCGUGCCCGGAGCUGGCAGAGAAGGCACGGGAGUUGCGGGCACAGUGGGAGGCGCUGAGGGAAGAAGUGGCCGCUCGGCAGCAGAGGCUGCAGGAGGCCAGCGAAGCCCAACAGUACUACCUGGAUGCUGGCGAGGCUGAGAUGUGGGUCAGCGAGCAGGAGCUUUUCAUGGGAGAUGAGGAGAAGCCAAAGGACGAGGAAAGUGGUUUGGUGAUGCUGAAGAGACACGUGAGGCAGCAGCGCUCCAUUGAGGACUAUGGGCAGACAAUCAAGGAGCUGGCGGGGAGGGCUCAGCAGCUGCUCUCUGCUGGCCACCCUGAGGGGGAGCAGAUCAUCCGGCUGCAGGGCCAGGUGGACAAGUAUUACGCGGGGCUGAAGGAGGCGGCCGAGGAGCGCCGGCGGCGCUUGGAGAACAUGUGCCACCUCUUCCAGCUGAAGCGUGAGGUGGAGGACCUGGAGCAGUGGAUUGCUGAGCGUGAUGUGGUAGCCUCCUCCCAGGAGCUGGGGCAGGACCUGGACCAUGUCACGAUGCUGAGGGAUACGUUUCGGGAGUUUGCACGGGAAACAGGCAGCGUAGGGCAGGAACGUGUGGACCAGGUCAACCUGACCAUCGAGGACCUCAUCGAUGCGGGUCAUGCCGAGGCUGCCACCAUGGCUGAGUGGAAAGACGGACUGAAUGAGAGCUGGGCCGACCUCCUGGAGCUGAUUGACACACGCAUGCAAUUGCUGGCCACCUCCUAUGAUCUGCACAAGUACUUCUAUGAUGGCUCUGAGCUGCUGGCCCUCAUUGCUGCCCGCCACCAGGAGCUGCCCCAGGACCUGGGCGAUGACUCGGGUUCAGUGGAGGCUUUCCAUCGCAUGCACAGCGCCUUCGAGCGUGACCUCCAGCUGCUGGAGGGGCAGGUGAAGCAGUUUCGAGAGGUGGCAGCUCGCCUGCAAACUGCCUAUGCUGGGGAGAAGGCAGUCAGCAUCCAGCAGCAGGAGCAGGAGGUGGCACGGGCGCUGCAGGCACUGCUGGAAGCAUGCAGCGGACGCCGGGCACAACUGGUGGACACAGCUGACAAGUUCCACUUCUUCAGCAUGGCGCGUGACCUGCUCUCCUGGAUGGAGAGCACUGUGCGGCAGAUCCAGACGCAGGAGAAACCCAGGGACGUUUCCUCGGUGGAGCUGCUCAUGAAGUACCACCAAGGCAUCCGCGCUGAGAUAGAUGCCCGUGACAAGAGCUUUGCUGCCUGCACUGAACUAGGCAAGAAGCUGCUGCAGCGCAAACACCGGGAAUCACCUGAGAUCAAAGCAAAGCUGAUGGAGCUGCUGGACAAGAAGGAGGCCAUGAUGGAGCUGUGGCAGCAGCGGUGGGACCGGCUGCAGCUGUUGCUGGAGGUGUGCCAGUUCUCCCGGGAUGCCUCAGUGGCUGAGUCGUGGCUGAUGGCACAGGAGCCAUACCUGGCCAGCAGCGACUAUGGGCAGACGGUGGAUGCGGUGGAGAAGUUGCUGAAACGACACGAAGCCUUUGAGAAGUCCACAGCCACGUGGGAGGAGCGCAUCGCUGCCCUGAGGAAGCUGACGACGCUGGAGCUCAUGGGUGGGCGGACACUGCGGGAGAAGGAUGUGGUGCACGACACUGCUCCCCAACAUCGUCUGGAUCUGGAUGCAGAGCUGCAGGCAGGGUCUGAGGAGGAGGAGGAGAAGAGGAAGGGGGUGAUCCCUCAGGAAGCCUCUCCACCCGCUGUCGAUGGACCCCAGCCGCUGAUAGUGCCCGAGGAGGAGCCCAUAGCACCGCGGGAAGAGGUGGCCACAUUGCCCGCCCAGCCUGCCCACGUUCAGCUGGAGGGCUACCUGGGCCGCAAGCACGACCUGGAGGCGGCCACCAAGCGUGCAUCCAACAGGUCAUGGAGCACACGGUACUGCGUGCUGCGGGGUGAGGAGCUUGCCUUCUUCAAGGAUGCCAAGAGCCGGGCACUGGGGGUGCCCUGCCAGGGUGAGGAGCCCCUGGGGCUGCGCAACGCACGCUGCCAGGUGGCUGCUGGCUACAAGAAGAAGAAGCACGUCUUUGCGCUCAGGCUCAGCAAUGGCAGCGAGUGGCUCUUCCAUGGCAAGGAUGAGGUGAGGGGUGUCCUGGGGACAUGGGGUGGCCAACAAGAUGUUGGGGUGGCCGAGGGGACAAAGAAUGGCUGGUGGUGCACAAGGGAUUGUUGGGGGUGGCCGAGGGGACAAAGAAUGGGAUGGCCAGGGAACACUGAAGUGGCCAGAGGUGCCCAAACAAGUAAAGGAUCUCCACAGUGGUGCAUAGGGGGCUGGAGGGUGGCCAGAGGGAUCUUGGCAUGACCAGCAGCACCUAAAGGGGACAUUCGGGUGGCCAAAGGGGUAUGUGGAGGUGACCUGUGAUGCCCAAGGGGACAUAAGGGCAGCCAUGGGACAUCAGUGUACCCAACGGUACUCAAGGGGACAAAAGAUGGUUAGUAACAUCCAGGGGAAUAUUGUGCUGGCUUGUUGUAGCCAGAGGGCAUUGGGGUGAUCAGAGGAGCAUAGAGGUACAUAGUGGUGGCCAGUGGUGCUCAGAGAGACAUAGGGCAGCCAUGGGAUGUGAGGGUGAUGAGAGGUGUGUAGAGGAAUAUGCUGGGGCAGUGGGUGACACAGGUAGGCCAUGGGACAUCACGGUGGCUGGAGGGGCCCAAAGGAAUAAGGGCUGGGCAGUGGUGCCUAAGGGGACACGGGGGUGACCAGAGGUGCCCAAGUGGGAUUUGGUGGUGGUCACUGAUGCCUAGUGGGACAAUAAAGUGACCAUGGGACAUUGGGGUGAUAGAAAUACCCAAGAGGGACAUGGUGGUGCCCAGGGGGACAUAGCAUGGCCAUGGGACAUUGGGGUGAGCAGAGGUGGGACACUGUGGUGGCUGGUAAUGCCCAGGGGACGCUGGGUGUCUUGGCGCUCCCGGGUCAAGCCGUGGGGCGACCACCAGGGCCAUGGAGGUGCCAACAGCCCCAUGCCCCUCCAGGAGGAGAUGCAGACGUGGCUGCAGGGGCUGCACAUGGCCAUCACCUCCUGUCAGAACCUGCCGGCCAAGGCACGCAGCCUGCCCCCACCCCAC